GCCCCCGGCUCCGCACCUCCUCCGGGGACAGGUAAAGGUGAGCGGCGCCGGGCUCCGGGUCAGGGCCUGCGGCUCGGCCCUUCCUCCUGAGUCCCCCGUCUUCGUCUCCCCCGCGGCUCUCCGGGUGACCCUUGCAGGAAUUGCUCUGUGAUCCCCACUUGGAUGAAUGUGACCAUUUCUUAGGAGACCUGCAUUCUAAAUCUCUAUAAAUGAAUAAACAUAUUCAGUAGUAUUUGGAGUGAUGCUCAAAUUCCAAGAAGCUGCCAAGUGUGUGAGUGUAUCAACAACUGUUUCCACUUGCCCAGAGACGUGGAUUGCAAGGCGAUACGUACUUCAGCAUAAGCUUGGAAGUGGCAGCUUUGGAACGGUUUAUCUGGUUUCGGAUCAGAAAGCAAAACCGGGAGAAGAAUUAAAGGUUUUGAAGGAAAUAUCUGUUGGAGACCUGAAGCCCAAUGAAACAGUUCAGGCAAACUUGGAAGCACAGCUCCUCUCUAAACUUGACCACCCAGCCAUCGUCAAGUUUCAUGCCAGCUUUGUGGAACGAGAUAAUUUCUGCAUCAUCACCGAGUACUGUGAGGGUCGAGAUCUGGACUGUAAAAUUCAGGAGUACAAAGAAGCUGGAAACACCUUUCCUGAAAACCAGAUAGUAGAAUGGUUUAUCCAGCUGUUACUGGGAGUUGACUACAUGCAUGAAAGGAGAAUACUUCACAGGGACCUAAAAGCAAAGAACAUUUUUUUGAAAAAUAACCUACUUAAAAUUGGGGAUUUUGGAGUCUCCCGGCUCUUAAUGGGAUCAUGUGACCUGGCAACGACUUUCACCGGGACGCCUUACUACAUGAGCCCCGAGGCGCUGAAACAUCAAGGUUAUGACACCAAGUCUGACAUUUGGUCACUGGCAUGCAUUCUCUAUGAGCUGUGCUGCAUGAAUCACGCAUUCACUGGUCACAAUUUCUUGUCCAUUGUUUUAAAAAUCGUUGAAGGUGACACGCCUUCUCUUCCUGUUAGAUACCCAGAGGAGCUGAAUGCCAUCAUGCGAAGCAUGUUGAACAAGAGUCCUUCAUUGAGACCGUCAGCGAUGGAAAUUUUAAAAAUCCCUUACAUUGAUGAACAGCUGCAGUGCAUGAUGUGUAAAUAUUCCAGCAUGACUCUGGAAGACAAGAACCUGAACUGCCAGAUGGAAUCAGCUCAUCUCAUUAAUGCCGUGCAGAGAAAGAUCCAUUUACAGACCCUGCGGGAGCUGUCCGAAGUACAGAAAAUGACUCCGCGAGAGAGAAUGAGACUGAGGAAGCUGCAUGCAGCUGAUGAGAGAGAAGAGAAGCUUAAAAAGUUAGCUGAAGAAAAAUACGAGCAGAAUACCAAGCGAAUGCAAGCACUGCGAUCCCGGCACUUUCGGCAGCUGCAGGAAUCUUAUGACCAGGCUUCAGGACAUUUGGUUGAAUCUGAGCCAAGUGAAGAGGAGCGGCCGGCAGAACCACCCCUGACUCACUCUCAGCCAGUCACCUCCCAGGGCUCUGUGGGACGGGAGCCGAGACAGGGGACAGCUUCAGAUAGGCUAUCUACCUGUGAACUAGAGGAUCAUGAGAUCCCAGAAGAUCCUGUAGAAGCUGAAGAGUAUUAUGUGGAUGUCUUUGAUUCCUGUUCAGAAGCAAGUGAGGAGGAUACAAUAGAAGAGGUGAUAGAGGAGGACGCAGCAGACAGCACUUUUAGGACCGCUCAUCAGGACACUGACAUUGAGGCAUUGGUCAGGUGUUUGGAAAGCGUCCUGGCAUGCAGCUCUCUAGGUACGAGGAGCGUCACCAGAUCAGCUCUAGUCUUGCCCCAGGGACCAGGCCCUCUUGACUGCACUGUGUCCAAAACCAAGAUGAAACUCAUGAGAGAAUCAGCCAUUCAGAAGCUGGGCUUGGAAGUGUUUGAGACUGUCUACGGCUACCUCAAGAAGGCCAGGAGACAGAAUGCCAGUGAAGAGGAGAUCAGGGUGUCUCUGGAGAAAGUGGUGCCACGAGCCAGCGACUGUUUUGAGGUGGACCAGCUCAUCUAUUUUGAGGAACAGUUGCUUAAAACAACAAGGGAAAAUUCUGAACUCUAGAACCAUCUUUAAGUGGUGGGAAAAAAUCAGGUACAAAUCAAAUGGGAGACAGAUCCCAAGGGUUAACCCAACAAGUACACAAGAUGCAUUGUAUUGGGGGGAAUGGAUCAAUAACUGUGGGGACACCAUCUUUGUUUUCACAUCUUUCUCAAGUGGAGUAAUUACUCCUUGAGCUAGCCAAAUAUACUUUUGUCUGUUGUCUUAAUUUGGGCGUGUUACAGGUUGGUCAACAUGGUACAGUCAAGGUUGGAGUACCCCACAUGACAAAUGGGUGUUUCCCAAGCAACCUGUAAAAAUGUAGGGUUUUUUUUAAACUCUUCAUAGUAGGAGAAGUGGCCUGCAUGGAAUAUCAAAAGGGUCCUGGAUUAGAAUUCAGGAUAUCUGGGUUUCUGUGCUAUCUCUGCUAUUAACUGGUUCUGUGGUGUUAGGUUACUUCUUCUCUCAGCCUCAGUUUCCUAUAAAAUGAGUAGUUUGAGCUAAAUGAUCUCUACCAUUCCCUCCAGUUCUAACAUUCUGUUCUUCCAGUUGUUAUUUCUAGUUCCGGUUCUAGAAACCACAUCUAGAAGAUGUCCCUCUUGGGAAUGGACCACGCUGAUUGGACUGCCCCCUUAGGGGCUCUGCUGGAAUCACUGACAUUGAUGUUGUACCUCCAGUGUCAGGGUUUAGAGGAACACCCUUCCCUGUUCCCUGCCUUUCUUUUCCCUAAAACUCAUUCUUUCUCCAUACUUCCUUAAUUUUGUUGAAAAUGCCACCAUCCUUCAAUCUCUGAGGUCAGCAACCUCAGCAUCGCGCCCGGCUCCUCCUUCUCCCUCACCCCUUUGUCCAAUCAGUUGCCAAGUUUGUCUAUUCUACCUCUGUGACAUCUCUCAAAUCAGUCUACUGUCCAUUCACACGGCCAGUGCCCUGGUUCCAGAUUUGACUGACUCUCACUUGAACUUUUGCAAUAGCUCUUACAUUAGACUUUCCUGCUUCCUGUCUCUCUCCUCUCCACUCCAAUGUCAGAACAGCUGCCAAAUUAAUAUUUAUAAUUCACCCCCUUGCUCAGAAAUGUUCAGAGCUUCCCUGUCCACCUCUAGGAUGAAAUGAAGACUCUUUAGCCUGGCGUUGAAACUUCUCAUAAAAUGAGAUGUUGGACUAGAUGAACCGUAAGGUUCCUUUUAGAUCAGAAGCUAGUUGACUAAAUUCGGAAAAACAUUUAGCAUCGGAUUAAACUAGAGCCUCCUAGAAUGCCUUUCCGUGAAAGUUUUCCUAAAAUACAUUUGUAUUCUAUAAAGUGCUAAAAAUGUAGCUCUUUAUAGAUAAAUAAUUUUUCUAUUUGUUUAAUCCUUUCAAAGAUUCCCAAGAUCUUUAUUGGUUGAAUCUGUGAUUUAUGGCUCUAACUUAUCUUUCCAGAAUUAUUUCAUAUACCUCCCCUUCAUGCACUCUGCAUUUUAGCCAAACUGGUCUAUUAGCUGUUUUACUCAACUUGGCAUGCAGUCUCCCAUCUCCACACCUUUGUCCAGACUCUUCUUUCCUUUGCCUGAAAUAUGCCCUCAUUCCUCAUCUGUGCCUCUUAAAAUACCUAGCUUCAUUCAUGUCUCAGUUUGAUAAAGACUUUACUAAUUCCCUACCCCUGGACCCCUACUCCAGUUGUUAAAGCCCUUCUGCUCCUGAAAUUGCUUUGUACUUGCUGUUUUUACAUAUCUGGGAACAUGUUGCAUCUCCCCAUUAGAAUGUAAACUCCUUGUGGGCAGGGAUUGUUUCUUUCUGUCUUUGUAAUCUCUAUUACCUGGCAGUGCUGUGCUCAUAGAAGGCCUUUAAUCCACGUUCAUUGAAUUGUUGAAUUGAUAUUCUAAUAAAAAGGAGUUGCGGAUAUAAUGGGGGAUCAGGAUUCAAAACCCCAUCCCUUAUCUGCUAUCAUGAAAUUGAACUUCAUCCUUUGCUACCUGAAAAAUCCUUAGAUGUGUUGAGGGUCUUUUAUGCAUGAUAAGUGUAUUUCCUUGCAUUAUAAAUACAUGAUGUAUAUGUUGUCUUCUCUUACAGAAUAUAAGCUCCUUGAGGGUAGGGAUUGUUUUAUUUUUGU